AAUAAUUAUUAUAUUUUCCUCUGUCUUCUUAAGCAGGCCAUGGCUCAGCUUUCCAUCAAGAACUUUCAGCUACUCAGACGAUCCUACGCGGUUGUGGCGGAGAACAUGAAGAAGCAAGCAGCGGCGUCAGUUAUGAGAAAGGUGGUGGAUUUGAGGGCGGAAGCUGUUUCGGCAGAUGAUGCGGAGAAGGAGAUGUUCUGGAUGAGAGAUCCAAAGACGGGGAACUGGAUUCCGGAGAAUCAUUUCGGCGACAUUGAUGUUGCAGAGCUGAGGGAGAAGCUUCUUCCCAAGAAUCACAAAUAAGUAAAGAUAAUGUAUUUAGCAAAUAACAUGU